CGGACCACUUUUCUCCGCACCAGGAUGUAAAUUUGGGAACUUUUUUCCACACGGACCUCACACGGAACUUUUUAAAUUAUAUUUUUGAGGAAUAUUGCCAGAAAGCUGUACCAGUGAGAGGAACCGACGGCGGAUUCAGAGUGUGAACGAACCACGUGCAUGCCGGCUGUUUGACUCUGCAUCGGUCAGCUGAUGAAGAAACCAUGAAGUGGCCUUUUACCUGCUGGUUGAGCAUCUGUUCGGCUCUGAGAGGAGAGUGAGGAGUUUCAUGUCAUCAGAGUUCAACAGGCCUCAGCACUGAACAGUCGGAAAGCGAGUGAUUGAUGUCAUCAGAGAUCAACGGACCUCAACACUGAACAGAUAUGAUAGAGCGGCGGUGGGUGUGGCAGUUUGCCCUGGUUGCCCUGGCGACCGUUUACCUCAGCCCCUCCUAUGGAAAGAUGGCAGAGUUCACCUCCGACACGCUGAUCAACAAUGUGGUCGCCGGACCCGAUCUCCGGAAGGGCCAGGGGGGCCGGCUGUACGUCGGCGCCGUCAACGCCCUCUACCAGCUGAACCAGAACCUGGAGGUGGAGUCCCGGACCGAGACGGGCCCCAGGCGGGACAACCGGCAGUGCACGCCGCCCGUCACCGACGCCUGCGAGGAGGCCGUGGACACCGACAACCACAACAAGCUGCUGCUGGUCCACGCCGCCAGAGACGUGCUGGUGGUCUGCGGCAGCGUCUUCAGGGGGAUCUGCUCGCUGAGGAACCUGAGCAACGUGGAGCAGCUGCUGUACUUCAGCGACACCAAAGGCGAGAAGUCGUACGUGGCGAGCGCCGAGGAGAGCGUCUCGGUGGUGGGCGUCAUGUCGUACUUCACCACCAGGGACGGAGCCAACUUCACCGUCUUCCUGGUGGGUAAAGGUUACGGCAGCCACGACAGCACCAAGCUCAUCUCCACCCGAAUCCUGCAGGACUUCGGCGACUGGGUGGUGUUCGACAGCAUCAUCGAGGCCUCGGCAGUCCAGGCCAACCCCUUCGUGCUUCGCUACCUCCACGACUUCCGCUUUGCCUUCAAGGACGGCGGCUUUGUCUACUUCCUGUUCUCGCGGACGCUCGGCGUGCAGGACACCAAGAACUUCACCUUCAUCUCCAGGAUGUGCGAGGACGACCAGGGCUACUACUCGUACACCGAGCUGCAGCUCAACUGCAGCGCCGCCAACAAGUACAACAAAGCUCAGGCUGCUUAUGUAGCGACACCAGGAGAAGUUCUGGCUCAGAGUAUGACCAGUUCGGGCCAGUAUGGACGAGUUUCAGCCUCUGACAAGGUUCUGUUUGUCACCUUCACGUCUGAUGAAGAUCCGUCUACUUCAGCCAUGUGUAUGUUCCCUCUGCAAUUCAUUAAUAAUCGUCUGGUGGAGAUAAUCGGAGCCUGUUACAGUCACCAUGGCAAUAUCAACGACAAGGCCGCCGUCUACUCGCCGUACUCGUCCAAGUCUGAGGAGCUGUGCAGCGAAAAACCGAAGGACAUGGCCCUCAAGUACAAGUGUGGAGCCGAGUUCCUGCCGUCACCGCUGGCCAGUAAGGCCGAGUUCGCCUUAACAGUGGAGCCCUCAUUGGUCCGGAAGGGUCACAUGACCGCCGUGGCGGUGGCGGUGGAAAUGGAACACGCUGUGGCGUUUCUGGGCACCGCAACUGGAGAGGUGCUGAAGGUUCACCUGUCGGCCCAUCCGGAGGUCUACGGCCGAGCGCCGGGCGAAGUCACCGGAGACAAGGUCAACAAGAACCUGCUGUUCGACGCCGACCACCAACAUUUGUACAUCACCACCGAGAAAAAGAUCACCAAAGUUCCGGUCCAGGCCUGCCACCUGAAGACCGACUGCCACUCCUGCGUUAACAUGAAGGAUCCCUACUGUGGAUGGUGUGUCCUGGAGGGAAGGUGUACGAGGAAGCAGGACUGCAGCCGUUCGCUGGAGGACAACACCUGGCUGUGGUCGCCCAACCAGCAGUGUGUCCAGAUCCAGGCCUUCAGCCCUCCCAACCUGAGCUGCAGAAAGACCCAGCAGGUCGACAUCAGCAUCCCGACUCUGCCCAGACUGAGGCCGACCGACAACAUCCAGUGUGUCUUCGGUUCUUUUCGGACCGGAGGAGUCGUGACGGUGGACGACGGUCGGGUCGAGGUCACGUGUUCGCUGCCCGACCCGGUGCAGAUCCCAGCGACGCCUGAUCAGCAAGAUUAUGUGUCGGUUCCAGUUCAGGUUCUGGUGAACAACGUGAUCGAGGUAACGUCUGGAAAAUAUCACUUCUACAACUGUGCUGCUACAGUCAGGAAGAACCAGAACACACCGUGCAUCUCCUGUGUGACCAGCCAGUGGGGAUGUCAGUGGAACACCGAGAGUCACAGCUGCAGCGACAGCGACGACUCCGUUGGUGGAAAUCACAUCGUCAAACCUCAGCAGCCUGAAAGUUGUCCACAGUUCGAGUCUCCGGAGCCGCUGCUGAUCCCGGUCGGCUUUGAGAUUCCCAUCAGCUUCCAGGGAAGAAACCUGGAAAACUACAUGGGUCGGAGGUUUUCUAUCGGCACCGAGCUGAUGAAGACGACGGAGGAGGAAGUCACUCAGGAGUCCACGUCCAGGUUCAGAUUCACAGGAUAUGAGUUUUCCUACGACAAGCAGCAGGAGGUGAACGUUUCCUUCCACAUCAAGCAGAGCGACUCGGAGAAGAGGAUUGACAGCACGCUGACAGUUGUCCUGUAUAACUGCUCCGUGGGCCGUGAGGACUGCAGUCUCUGUAAACAUGCCGACACCAAAUAUCAGUGUGUUUGGUGCUCCGCCUCCAGAACCUGCGUUUACCGGGAACUCUGCCCGACGCCGCAGCCGGAUCAGUGUCCGGACCCGGAGAUCACCGACAUCGUCCCUCGUUACGGGCCUCUGAACGGUCGGAUCUCGGUCACCAUCAAAGGCUCCAACAUGGGGAUAAAGAAGGAGGACAUCAGGAAGAUCACGGUGGCCAGAGUGGACUGUGUUCACCAGGAGGACAGAUAUUCUGUCUCCACCAGUGUGGUUUGUGAAAUCGGCCCAGCGAGGCGAGUUCCUCCAUCCGACCUCCCGUUCGAACCAACCAACAGUGGAGCAGUCGAGGUGGAAGUGGAGGGAGGAAGAAGAGGAACAUCCAAGGUCGUCUUCACCUACCGGGACCCCAAACCGACCACCGUCCAGCCAGCCAAGGGUCCAGCAGCCGGAGGAACCGUGAUCACCAUCGGUGGAGAAAACCUGGACACGGCGACUAAAGACGAUGUCACCGUCUCAGUGGGGGGAUUUCCCUGCGAAGUCCUGUCGUUUGGCAAAGAGAUCACCUGUAAGACCGGCAGGUAUCGAGGGCAGAAGGUUCCCUCAGAUCAGCUAACGGUGACGGUGAAAUACGGGAAAAACACCACCAAGGACGUCCCAGCAGCGUACCAGUACUCUGAAAACCCCAAGAUCACAGAUUACUACCCCAAAGCCAGCUUCGUAUGCGGUGGUCGGAGGAUUGUGGUGGUGGGAAAUGGGUUUGAUCUGAUCCAGACUGCCACGAUGAAGGUGCUGCCCUCUGCUGACGAGUUUUCACAGAACACUGCACCUGUAGAGUUCGUCCAGACAGCUCUGACUAAAAACGACACCCACCUCCAGUUUUACUCUCCGCCAGUGAACUGCUGCCUUGACAGCCAGUCUUUAAGAAUCGUCCUGCAGCUGGACAACGUGAUGGAGGAGCUGAAGAGCUUCGACUACCAUCCAGACCCGACCUUCAACAAGCUGGCCAAGAACAUCAUUACCGAGACCAGCAUCAUCAUCGUCACCGGUCGAGGUUUCUCCAAAGCGAUGACGGCCAAAGAGGCUCAGGCGUUUGUUGGAGAUGCUUCCUGUCACGUUAACAUCCUGCAGGACGAUAAGUUGAUCCUGGAGGCUCCGUCGUCUCAGCCGAGGUCCAGAUCCAAACGGCAGCGACGAGACACGACCACCGACCUGCUGGAGCUCGUGGUGAAGUUCGGUCACGGCGAGUGGAUGGUCGGUUCGGUUUACUACGCCAGAAAAGACGACAUUCCUCUGGCCAUCAUCAUCCCAGCGGUUAUCGUACCGAUGCUGCUCUUCAUCGCCAUCUCCGUCUACUGCUACAGGAGGAAGAGUCAGCAGGCGGAACGAGAAUACGAGAAGGUGAAACACCAGCUGGAGAAUCUGGAGGAGAGCGUCCGAGAUCGCUGCAAGAAGGAAUUCACAGAUCUGAUGAUUGAGAUGGAGGACCACACCAGCGACCUGAGCGAAGGCCGGAUCCCCUUCCUGGACUACAAAACCUACACCGACCGCAACUUCUUCCUGCCCUCCAUAGACGGCGCCAAGGACCCCAUGAUCACGGGAAGAAUACAAAUCCCAGAAGUCCGCAGGGCCACUGUGGCUCAGGCCCUGAACCAGUUCUCCAACCUGCUCAACAGCAAAACCUUCCUCAUCAAUUUCAUCCGGACGCUGGAGAGUCGGCCGGACUUCAACGCUCGCUCUCGCGGUUAUUUCGCCUCCCUCCUGACGGUGGCGCUGCACGGGAAGCUGGAGUAUUACACCGACAUCAUGAGGACGCUGCUGCUGGAGCUGAUGGACGAACACGUGCAGAACAAGAACCCCAAACUGAUGCUGAGGAGGUCGGAGACGGUGGUGGAGAGGAUGCUUUGUAAUUGGAUGUCCAUCUGUCUCUACCAGUUCCUGCGGGACACUGCUGGAGAACCUUUAUACAAACUGUACAAGGCUUUGAAGCACCAGGUGGAAAAAGGUCCAGUGGACGCCAAGGUAAAGAAAGCCAAAUACACCCUGAACGACACCGGACUGCUGGGAGACGACGUCGAGUACUCUGUGCUGACUCUGCAGGUGUUGGUUCACGGUGAAGGACCAGAUGUGACUCCAGUGAAGGUGUUGAACUGUGACACCAUCACUCAGGUGAAAGAGAAGAUCAUCGAUCAGGUCUACAGGAAUCUGCCGUAUUCACAGAGGCCGAAGGUGGACAGUGUUGCUCUGGAGUGGCGUCCCGGCUCCACGGGUCAGAUCCUGUCCGACCUCGACCUCACAUCCCAGAAGGAAGGAUGCUGGAAGAGGCUCAACACUCUGGCUCAUUACAACGUUCGGGAUAAUGCCACCUUGGUUCUGUCUAGAGUUUUGCACACACAGUCUUUCCACCAGCAACAAGACAACCACGAAGAGAAGAACGCCCUGCUAGAGGAUGACAACACUUUCCACCUGGUGAGGCCGGCAGAUGAAAUCGACGAGGUGAAGUCAAAGAGAGGCAGCAUGAAGGACAAGGCAAUGACCAAAGCCAUCACUGAGAUCUACCUGACCAGGCUGCUGUCUGUCAAGGGCACUUUGCAGCAGUUCGUGGACGAUUUCUUCCGCAGUGUGCUGUGCUCGAGCUCCGUCGUUCCUCCAGCCGUCAAAUACUUCUUUGACUUCUUGGACGAACAGGCGCUAAGACACGACAACGUGGAAGAGGAGACGCUGCACAUCUGGAAGACCAACAGCCUGCCUCUGCGGUUCUGGGUCAACAUCCUGAGAAACCCUCACUUCAUCUUCGACGUCCACGUGACCGAGGUGGUGGACGCUUCGCUGCACGUCAUCGCUCAGACCUUCAUGGACGCCUGCACCAAGACGGAGCACAAACUCAGCAGAGAGUCUCCCAGCAACAAGCUUCUCUAUGCAAAAGAGAUUUCAACGUACAAGAAGAUGGUGGACGAUUACUACAAGGGCAUCAGACAGAUGAUUCCCGUCAGCGACCAGGACAUGAACACACACCUCGCUGAGGUGUCCCGGGAACACACAGACAAGCUGAACACCCAGGUGGCCUUACAUCAACUGUACCAGUACGCCAGCAAGUACUACGAUGUGAUCAUCCAGUCGCUGGACGAGGACCCAGCAGCCCAGAACAAACAGCUCACCCUCCGCCUCCAACAGGUCGCCGCCGCCCUGGAGAACAAGGUCACCGACCUUUGACCUCUGACCUCACAGAGGGUGAGGGGGAGGAGCUUAAAACACGGGCUGUUUUCCAUUUAAGGACGAGCUCACGGACUCUGCCGAAUGUUUAAUCGUGUUAGGACUGAAGGAAGAGGCGCUGGUGGAUCCACAGGACGGACUGAAGGGGGAUUUUGAACAAGUGAAGUGUUAAAAUAUGCGCCGAUAUCUGCUGCACUUCUUCUCACUUGGCAUCCCACAACCAAUAACCAAGGAGGGAUGCGAAACGGCGACCUGCAACAUGGCUGCAGAUGGAAGCUCUGUGAAAUCAAAGUUAUUUUUUUAAAGGUAGCUAGGACAUUCGCUUUAUGUACUCCUCGGACCUUGUUGUUUCUGUGUUUGGCUUCGCUGCACCGCAAAAUUUUUAAUUUCAUCAUUUAAAGACUGAAGAAAAAAAGUGCCACGUGAGGAAGAAAGGUUUAAAUUUUGGGGAUAUUUGAAGAAUAUAAGUGAAGUAAUGAGACGUUCCCAAAUAUUUCCUUUUUGGUACUCAGCCCUUCUGGAUUGGAAGUGCAGCUACUCCAGGACCCUUUGAGACCACUUUGUGAGUUUAAGAACUGUGGAUUUGGGUGAAUCUGCCUCUAAUUCCUGAUCUUAGUCUCAUCCCAAAGUGUGCGAAUGCUGGGAUUAAGCGCAAAUACAAAUAAUCGACCAAUGAAAACCCACUACGGUACACACCACUGGCCAAUCAGGGGCCUCGUCUUUCAUGGCAGAACUGCAGACAGCGAAUUCAGGGUACGACGAGUUAAAAGAUAAACCCAAAAAUCAACAUAGAUUUUUCUUGUAUCGCAGCCAGAUGUUGGUUUUCAUAUCAGAUCUGCUGCGGUAUGUGUUUCUACGCUGAUGAUAUUGUGCUGUUGACUCAAAUCACAGCUGAGUAAUUACAUUCUGUUUAGUAUUAUAUUUUUUUUGUAUGCAGGCUUUAAACAGAGGCCUUGCAUUUCCAUAUCCUACGUGAAUCUUAUCUUUUUAAUGGACAGAUACAGUGCCACUUAGUUUUUUUUAAAGUGUUUAUCAGGGUGGUCCACAUCAUAUCCUACGAAUAAGUGUGUGAAUCUGUGUUCAGUAGCUGUUGCCGCUUCGUCGCUGAGCUUGUUUUAAAAAUCACGACUGUCUAAUCAUGUGAUCUAAACAGUCAAACACCUUUUAUUUUUAAGUGUGAUUUUUUUUUUUAAAUCGUCUAUCAUUUUACUUCUUCCGCAAUACUCUCAACAUAUAUUAAGCUGCGUCUGUUUUCUAUUUUUCUGUUUAACUGCGCACAUAAGGGGAAAUUCACUUACUUCAUUGUCUUCUGAAGACAGGGUAUCAAUGGAUUCUUCACAAAGGCUUAAAAUAAAUCUGAAAUCACGGUGAUGAAAUGUGUUAAAUCCACUUAUUAUGGGUUCUGUUUUUCCAUUUGCUUGAUCAGUUUGCUUGAUUACACCAAAUUAAAGCAGCACAUACAUUUUAAAACUCACAACCAAAAAUGUCCCCACAGUCUGUUGUGCUCCUACUUAUUAUUUGGAAGAUUUAAAAUGCACAAUAACACAGAAAAUGCAAAAUACAUUAUGCAUUGUACGCUUUUACACUUCUUUGCUUUUAACGCGGUGCGGAAAAAGAAAUUAAUUUGGCAUAUAGAAACCAAUUAUUGUUUUUCAUUUACUCAUAGUGCAAUAAUUGCGUAUAUUAAAAGGUUUUUAUUUGUCAUUUUGAAUCUUCCUUAAUAUCAUACUGAAAAAUUCAAGUUUUUUUCUUCAUUCUGCAGGAACAUGACGUAUUUUUGCGCAAAUGACAGACAUACAUGUGCCUCCUGACUAUCGCCUCCUUGGUUUUAUAGGUUUGAUGAAGUUUGUUUCAUCAGUUAGGUUGUUUGAUUGUGUUCUUUGCUCAAAAUGUCAUUAAUGUCAAUAUUUCAAGAUUUAUUCUUGAGGGAAAAAACCCUAUAAAGCAGAGUGAAGGAAAUAUGUUUGUAUCAGCUGUUAAUUUGAGAAGUAUAGAUGAAAAAUAACCACAUAUAUAUCACCAACCGCUCUGUCGAUGAGUAAACUGUGGACCAAGUAAAUUGAGUUUAAGUGCCGUUACACCGCUGAAUAUAAAUGAGCUCAUUUAUCUUCCGCUAUGCUACAUAUUAAUCGUCGCCGCAAAAUCAUGAUAUAUAUAUCUGCAUUACUCUUCACCGCCUGAGCCCAGACGACGUGCUUUAUGUAGUGCUUGAGGUAAUAUCAAAGAUAAACUAAUGGUCUGAAGUUAUUUUAUGAACUUCCUCAAACUGUUACUUUAAAUUCUGAAGCAAUACGACGUUAAAGUCGCUGCUGUGUGUUUGCACUGGUGGCUCGACUUACUUAAAAUGAGGAUGGAAGCUCUGCAAAGGGUUGACAAUAAUUGGGCACCACAUAGAUCCAGAUACAGAAAUAAAUGCAACUCAAGGCAUAAAUUAGUUCAUAAGGGCCACUAUGGUGCCAAAAAUCCUCUCGAAACUGAACCCGAAAGCUGAAAAUAACGGGCUAACUAACGUAGUGGUAUGAAAACUGUUGAAAUGUGAACAUUUUGCAGCUCUGAUGUUCAAAUAUCAGAAGAACUGCCACAUUUGUGUUGCCGACAUAAGAGUUCAGUCUAAUCUCUGUAAACAUUGGUUGGUUUUAAAUUAUGACGUAUUCAUGUUGCCAACAAUAUUUUGCUCGUUGUAUUUUCUAUUGUGCUGUCAACACUUGCUUCUUUCUGCCUUGUUUUUGCCACCAGUGAGUGCCUUAAAGAGUAGAAGUGAAAGUAGAAUGGGAAGGAAAAGCCAAAAAAAAAGGUGUUAAGGAAGCACAUGUACACGUUUAUGGUUGGUUUGCUGCAUGUUUGUGAUUUUUAAUUUGAAGAUCUUAUUGGAAAACAGGAGCUUCUUAGUAUUUCAGACGGUAAAACUAAAGUCAGCUUGCACAAAAAUGUACUUAUACUGUCAUACCGUCACUGCUAUUAAAGAUGUUGUGCUGUUAUUCAUUUCUUUAAAAUGAUGGUAAAAUUUCAAACUUUCUUCUAAAAUGAAAGUUUGACCAGGCAGAGUUCCGUGUGUAAUUUCAUUAAAAUGAGUUGCACAUCACAAACUAGCUCUAAUUUAGAAAUUGGUCAUUAUUUAUAUUUACACCCAUUAAAUGCCAGGUGUAAAUGUUGUCCAGCUAAGUUGAUGCUAGCUUGCUAAUUUUGACUUUGUCGAGCUAAUGCUAGCUUGCUAGUAUAGCAAGAAAAGAGUUAAUAAUUUGGAAUAAUUGGCUCCACAACAUGAUAGUUAAUAUUAGGGACGAGUUGUGUUGAUGUGUAAAAGGUACAGAAACAUGUUCUGGAUGAAGGACCAGCAGAGCAGCUGAGCCUUCGCUGUAAGUAGAUUUAUCUGUGUGUUUUCAUGAUGUAAAACUGAAGCAUAUUUGAGAAACAUUGUUUUAUGAGGCACACGUAAACAGCAGCUUGGAGAGUUUUUGAAUGUUGUAGAAAAUCACCCGCCGGUACCGAUGCUUCUACCAGCGUCACAGUUUGUGUUUCUACCAUUGUAUACCAGUUUGUACAUCAAAUACGACUUUCCCAUUGUUUAUUCUUGUAACACGGUUGUAGGAAACACACGGUUUGAAUGGACUGGACCAAGUGUAGACUUUGAAAUGGACACAAACGGCACAACCAGUAGCCAGAACUGGUCUGGACUGGACUGAAGCCCAAAUCGGUGACUCUUCCGAGGAGAAGUGGGCUGAAAAUCCAGAUCUAGGAAGUCCAAAUAUCCAAUAAAAGAUGUUUAUACAAAUGGAAA